AGGGACCGGUUGGGGGACUCAGCCUGCGCUGCGAUGGGGAAUAUGCCAUCCGCUGUCAAGCAUUGCCUUAGCUACCAACAACUCCUCCGAGAGCAUCUCUGGACUGGGGACCCCGGGGCUGGGGUCCUCCCCGCCCCUUUGCAGGCAACUCAAUUACCUGGCCUUCCUGAAUAUGUUAAAAUAGUAGAAGUUGGGCCCAGAGAUGGCUUGCAGAAUGAACAGACCAUCGUGCCCACCAACAUAAAAAUUGAGCUCAUCAAUCAACUCUCCCAAACAGGCUUGUCAGUAAUAGAAGUGACUAGUUUUGUGUCUGCAAAAUGGGUACCUCAGGAGCGCCAUCCAAGAAAGAGGAGCAGGACAGUCAAAAAUGUCAAGAUGGCAGAUCACACAGAAGUCAUGAAAGGAAUUGACCGGCAUCCUGGUGUGCACUAUCCUGUCCUCACUCCUAAUCUUCAGGGUUUUCACAGAGCUGUCGCAGCAGGAGCCAGUGAGGUGUCUGUGUUUGGGGCAGCCUCGGAAUCCUUCAGCAGAAAGAAUAUUAACUGCUCCAUUGGAGAAAGCAUGGACAAGUUUGAAGCAGUCAUUAAAUCAGCAAGACACAUGAAUAUACCAGUGCGAGGGUAUGUGUCUUGUGCACUGGGCUGUCCAUAUGAAGGAAGCAUCGCACCUGAUAAGGUGGCUGAAGUAUCUAAGAAACUGUAUGGCAUGGGCUGCUAUGAGAUAUCUUUGGGGGACACAAUUGGAGUGGGGACUCCUGGAAACAUGAAAAAAAUGUUGGAAAGUGUUAUGAAAGAAAUCCCACAGAGUGCUCUUGGUGUACAUUGUCAUGACACUUAUGGACAGGCCUUAGCAAAUAUUCUCACUGCCUUGCAGAUGGGAAUUAGUGUUGUCGAUUCCUCUGUGUCUGGAUUGGGAGGUUGCCCUUAUGCAAAAGGUUCUACAGGAAAUGUCGCCACAGAGGAUGUGAUAUACAUGCUUAAUGGUCUGGGAAUCAAUACAGGAGUGAACCUUUAUAAAGUGAUGGAAGCUGGCAACUUCAUUUGCAUGGCUGUCAAUAAGACCACCAACUCUAAAGUAGCACAGGCCUCUUUCAGUGUUGGAAUUGAGUGAAUUUGCUUGGAAGUUUCUGAAGAUCAGUACCCUGAACUCUAGCCCAUAUGAGAAUCAUUACAGUGGAAGAGAUCUUUCUUUAAAAAGUUUGUUAUGUUGGAAUAUUAUAUAGAAUCACUGUAAUUUUGAAAAGGAAUUAUUCCUGCACAGUAAAUAGCAGAACACUGACACCAGUUAUAAAAUGAUUUCCAGUGUAUUAUUUUGACUUUAAAUUUUAAGAAUCAUGUUACAUUUGAAGUAAUAUACUGUUCCAAAAAUAGUUUUUUGAAGGCAUAUUUCCCCAUAUUUUAAAUACCUUUAUAAUUCUUAAUCAACCUGGAUUAACACUAGACACAUGUUUUCAGUAGUUUAUAAGAUCCCACAUGGUGUGUGGCCUUGAUACUCUGCACUAUGCCUUUCGAAUCCUACUUUUCAUUUGCCAAGUCAGUUAAGUUACGGACAAAGAGCCAGGUUUGAAUGUGACCCUAAGUCAUUUUUAGCAAUAGCACUUUUGUGUUCAGCUAUGGUUAACAUCUGUUAACUAUUUAAAUGACUUUAUCUAGUUCCAAGAGGUUGUGGUCAAUGGCAACUUGCCAAAUCCUGGAAACAUAUUACGACCUCCCAUAUUUGUUUCAUACAUCAAAAUCACUUUACUUUCCUUUCACUUCAGUUAGGAGUUAUGGCACACAACAAUUAAGAACAGAAAAAAAAUUCAACCCAGGAUCCAGUAGCUACAAUAAGAAUGGUCAGAUUUAUACAAUUUACAAAUUUGAUCCUUUGUUUCCAGAUUACUUAUGUGGCCCUUGAAUAUUGGAAAUCUGAAGCAUACAGUUGGUUUAUGAAUUAAUAAGAACUCAAUCCUCAAUUUCUUGUGAAUGAUGGUUGGCUAAUUGUAGUUUUUUUCCAACACUGUACAAAACCCUUGGUUUGAAACCUUAAGUUAGCUGAAGUCCAUCACUGAAAUCUGCUGUAAAAUAGUCUUUCUCUAAAAUAAUGUCAGAAACACUAUUAUUCAAUAAAUCAGAAAUGGACACUAGGAAACUAUUCUGUAAAAUAACUGAAAUAAUAAUUUCUACAGCCUAUGCAAAUCACUUGUGGAAAGCUGCGUCAAAUUUAAUUCUAA